AUGCCUGGAGACGGAUACGACCGCCACAUCACCAUCUUCUCGCCUGAAGGACGACUCUACCAGAUCGAGUACGCCUUCCGUGCUGCCAAGGAGUCGACACUCACGUCAGUCGCUGUACGGGGUCAAGACAGUGCCGUGUUUGUCACGCAGAAGAAAGUGCAGGACAAACUGAUCGAGCCCGAGUCGGUCACGAAUGUGUUCCACAUCACGCCCGAGAUUGGCUGCCUCAUGACGGGACUAUACGCCGACUCGAAGGCGCAAGUGCAGCGCCUGCGUUACGAAGCCCACGAGUUUGAGAACAAGUUUGGCUACAAGAUUUCCUGCCACGUGCUGGCCAAGCGCAUUGCUGACGUGGCGCAGGUGUAUACACAGCACGCUUCCAUGCGUGCGUUUGGUGUGGUCACGAUGCUCAUCAGUGUGGACGAAGAGAAGGGGCCGCAGCUGUUUAAGGUUGAUCCAGCUGGCCACUUCUGGGGCUACAAAGCCACGGCAGCAGGUGUCAAGGAACAAGAGGCGCAGAACUAUCUGGAGAAGAAGAUUAAGGCCAAUCCGGCCAUGGACUACGAGCUGACGCUGCACACGGCAAUCACGUGUCUCCAGUCGAUACUGUCGGCGGACUUUCGCCCGAAUGAAAUCGAGGUUGGCGUCGUGGUGCAGGGCCAGCGAUUCCGGAAGUUGACGGAGGACGAGAUCGAGACCCACUUGACUUCGAUCAGCGAGCGUGACUAA